AAUGCGUACAAUGAAUGAGGCAAGAAGUGACAGUAAUAAACAUGGCGUUCUCUGAUAAGGAUAUCGCACCUUUGUGGCACAAUGGACCGUCACCCGGCGCAUUUUAUCACUUUCCAGGCAGCCAGUACGGCACCGGUGGAUUCCAAAAAUCACAAGCGCCGAUAACGACUGGCACUUCCGUCGUCGGCAUUCAGUUCAAAGACGGAAUCGUCAUAGCGGCUGACAUUCUGGGAUCCUACGGAUCAUUGGCUCGCUACAGAAAUCUGGAACGUCUCAUGGUUGUCAACGAGAACAUCAUUCUUGGCGCGUCCGGGGAUUACGCGGAUUUCCAGUGUAUCAAAAGUUACAUAGAAAGGAAAAUUCUGGAAGAAAAAUGCCUAGAUGACGGAUUUACUCUGAAGCCGAAAGCGCUGCAUUGCUGGCUGACGCGCGUCAUGUACAACAGGCGGUCGAAUUUCGAUCCGUUUUGGAAUAAUUUUGUUAUUGCUGGAAUAGACAACGAGAAACCAUUUUUGGGAACCGUGGACAAGCUUGGGACUGCUUACAUCGAUCCAGUGAUCGCAACCGGAUACGGCGCUUACAUGGCAACGCCCAUAUUAAGAAAAGCUUAUGAGGAAAAUAAUCAAAUGAGCAAGGAGGAAGCACUUGAGCAUUUGUAUAAAGCGAUGCAGGUUCUCUUUUACAGAGAUGCUAGAUCUUUCCCAAAGUUUCAUAUUGGUAUUGUCACGAAGGAAGAAGGAAUCGAAUUGCGAGGGCCGGUCAGUCUAGACAGUUAUUGGGGACCUGCAAUCCUGUGAAAUAAAUGUUUUCUCAUUUCCUUAAAAUAAGUUAUAAUAAAUAAAGUUCAUGGUAAAGG